AUGGCCUCUGAUGCAGUCACCUCCUUCCCCACAAAUGUGGAGGAUUUCGGGGCAGACGAGCGCAUCUCCUUCUCCCUUCAAAGCAAAACAUACAUUGCCGUCCACGACGACGGUUCCGAGUACGAAUUCAAUCAAGCGAAUAGGACAUGGGCCCCUGUUGACUACGACGAGGAGGAUGGCGAUAUCCUCCCUACAACUGGUGAUGGCGGUGCCUACGAUCUCGAUACUGAAUCCAAGAAGAGGAAGUCAGGCCCAUCGUACGAUGACGAGGACAUAAGCCAGGGCAGGAGACAACGCCCGAACAAGAAAGCCAAGGCCCCUCCGGCGCCCAGACAAAACACUGCCGUCUAUGUUACGGGUCUUCCGUUCGACGCGACCGUCGACGAGGUUUACGACCUCUUCUCCAAAAAGGGCGGCGUGAUUGCCGAAGAAAUCGACAGCGGCAAGCCUAGGAUCAAGAUGUAUACCGACGAGCAAGGAAAUUUCAAAGGCGAUGCGCUCGUAGUUUUCUUUAAGCCUCAAUCAGUCGAGAUGGCCAUUAUGCUUCUCGAUGACACUGAUUUCAGGUAUACGAGCUCUGGAUUGACCGAGGGCAAAAUCCGAGUCCAACCAGCCGACUCGAGCUAUAAGAAAACCAACUACGACCAGGAUUCAAGCAAACCUGGAGGGCAAGAAGGCCAGAAGCCCCAAAAGAGCGAAAGAGACCGACAAAAGAUCAUUCGGAAGACGCAAAAACUAGACGCCAAGUUGGCCGACUGGGAUGACGAUUUGCCAUACCCUGGCGAAGAGGGUGCUGACCGCAAGUCAAAGGUUGUCAUUCUCAAGCACAUGUUUACCCUACAGGAGCUCGACGAAGACCCCGCAGCUCUCCUCGAAAUCAAGGAGGACAUCCGCGAGGAAUGCGAGAAGCUGGGUGACGUUACCAAUGUCGUUCUCUACGACCUGGAACCUGAAGGCUACGUGUCAGUGAAGUUUAGGAGCCCCGAAGCUGCCGAAGCUUGCGUCGAGCUGAUGGGCGGCCGAAACUUCGAUGGUCGAGUUGUGGAAGCUCGGCUCUCUUUCGGGAGGGAGCGAUUCAAGCAGUCGUCCAAGAAUCAAGACCACCACGACGAAUAA